AUUCUGUUGCCACAGAGCCGAAUGAAGCAGAGAGCAGGAUUAGCUUCUGCCACCGGCUAUCAGAGUAGCAUAGAUAAAAGGGACUGCUCCUUAAGCACCACUGCAGCAGCCCUUGUUAAUUUUUUUUUCUUUCCACACAACAGUUGUGCCUCAUUAUCCAGUGCCUGCCUCAUUUUUUUUUUUUGGAGGGUUUGAAGUUUCUCUGCCCCAGUGACUGUUACAGAAGAAGAGAUGUUAGAAUUGCCAUGAGGUCUUGAUUGUCUGCAUUUAUGAAUGAAACUGACCCAAAUCACCUGUUACCUCCAGUUUCCAGAUUGUUUGAACUUCUGUGGCUGCACUCUACAGGAUAGAACACUGAAGCCGCGGAAGGACCUACACUGUCUUCAGCAUGGGUUGGCUCCGGAGGAUUGCCUGUCUUUUCUGGGGAGUAUUACUAGCUGCAAGAGCAAACUAUCAAAAUGUGAAGAAUAAUGUGCCAAGACUGAAAUUAUCCUAUAAAGAAAUGUUGGAAUCCAACAAUGUUAUCACUUUCAAUGGCCUGACAAACAGCUCCAGUUAUCAUACUUUCCUUUUGGAUGAGGAACGGAGUAGGCUGUAUGUUGGAGCAAAGGAUCACAUAUUUUCAUUCAACCUGGUUAAUAUCAAGGAUUUUCAAAAGAUUUCUUGGCCAGUUUCUCAUACACGAAGGGACGAGUGCAAGUGGGCUGGAAAAGAUAUUUUGAAAGAAUGUGCUAAUUUCAUCAAGGUGCUUAAGGCUUAUAACCAAACUCACUUGUAUGCCUGUGGAACAGGGGCUUUUCAUCCAAUUUGCACCUACAUUGAAAUUGGACGCCAUCCUGAGGACAACAUUUUUAAGCUGGAGGAUUCACAUUUUGAAAAUGGCCGUGGAAAGAGUCCAUAUGACCCCAAACUGCUGACAGCAUCUCUUUUAAUAGAUGGAGAAUUAUACUCUGGAACUGCAGCUGAUUUUAUGGGACGUGACUUUGCCAUUUUCCGAACUCUUGGGCACCACCAUCCAAUUAGGACAGAGCAGCAUGAUUCCAGGUGGCUAAAUGAUCCAAGAUUCAUUAGUGUCCACCUCAUCCCAGAGAGCGACAAUCCAGAAGAUGACAAAGUCUAUUUUUUCUUCCGUGAAAAUGCAAUAGAUGGAGAGCACUCUGGGAAAGCCACCCAUGCUAGAAUAGGUCAAAUAUGUAAGAAUGACUUUGGUGGACACAGAAGCCUUGUUAAUAAAUGGACAACUUUCCUUAAGGCUCGGCUUAUUUGUUCAGUGCCAGGGCCUAAUGGCAUUGACACUCACUUUGAUGAAUUACAAGAUGUAUUCUUAAUGAGUUCCAAAGAUCCUAAAAAUCCAAUAGUCUACGGAGUGUUUACAACUUCCAGUAACAUCUUCAAGGGGUCAGCUGUGUGUAUGUACAGCAUGAGUGAUGUGAGAAGGGUGUUUCUUGGUCCAUAUGCACAUAGGGAUGGUCCAAACUAUCAAUGGGUGCCAUAUCAAGGAAGAGUUCCAUAUCCACGGCCAGGAACUUGUCCCAGUAAAACAUUUGGAGGGUUUGACUCAACAAAGGACCUUCCAGAUGAUGUUAUAACAUUUGCAAGAAGUCAUCCAGCCAUGUAUAAUCCAGUGUUUCCUAUUAAUAACCGCCCAAUUAUGAUAAAAACAGAUGUGAAAUACCAGUUUACACAAAUUGUAGUAGAUCGAGUGGAUGCAGAAGAUGGCCAAUAUGAUGUAAUGUUUAUUGGAACAGACAUAGGGACAGUUCUCAAAGUAGUUUCAAUUCCUAAAGAGACUUGGCAUGAUUUAGAAGAAGUCUUACUGGAAGAAAUGACAGUAUUUCGGGAACCAACUGUUAUUUCAGCAAUGAAGAUUUCCACAAAGCAGCAACAACUAUAUGUUGGCUCAGUUGCUGGGAUUGCCCAACUACCUUUACAUCGGUGUGAUAUAUAUGGAAAAGCUUGUGCAGAGUGUUGCCUUGCCCGAGACCCAUAUUGUGCAUGGGAUGGCUCUUCAUGCUCUCGCUAUUUUCCUACUGCAAAAAGACGCACAAGAAGACAAGAUAUACGUAAUGGAGACCCACUGACUCACUGCUCAGACCUACAACAUCAUGAUAACUACAAUGGCCACGGUUUUGAAGAAAAAAUCAUCUAUGGAGUAGAAAACAGUAGCACAUUCUUGGAGUGCAGCCCUAAGUCUCAACGUGCUCUAGUAUAUUGGCAAUUCCAAAGGCAAAAUGAGGAACGGAAAGAAGAGAUCCGAGUGGAUGACCGUAUCAUCAAAACUGAACAAGGCCUUUUGCUACGUAGUCUACAAAGGAAAGAUUCAGGCACUUAUCUCUGUCACGCAGUGGAACAUGGCUUCAUGCAAACUCUUCUUAAGGUGACCUUAGAAGUCAUUGACACAGAUCACUUAGAAGAGCUUCUUCAUAAAGACGACGAUGGUGAUAGUUCUAAGUCCAAGGAUAUUUCAAAUAGCAUGACUCCCAAUCAGAAGGUCUGGUAUAGGGACUUCAUGCAACUCAUCAACCAUCCCAACCUCAAUACAAUGGAUGAAUUCUGUGAACAAGUUUGGAAAAGGGACCGAAAACAACGUAGACAGAGGCCAGGCAAUUCUCAGGCAAAUAGUAAUAAAUGGAAACACCUACAAGAAAAUAAGAAAGGUAGAAAUAGGAGGACCCACGAAUUUGAGAGGGCACCCAGGAGUGUUUGAACUGCAUUACCUGUGGAAACCUCACCUAAGUAGAAACUUGUUUAGACAGAUAACUGGAAAAAUGCAAUAUACAUGAACUUUAUCAUGGCAUUAUGUGGAUGUUUACAAUAGUGGUAAGUCCAACUGAUUUCCACCAGAUAUAAAUUAAGUCCAUGACUAACUUUCCUAACAGACUCCUUCCCUGAUACCAACAUCUAAUGGAGAUUCAAAGAUGAACACAGAUAUUCAAUUUAGCUGACAAUGUUUCCUACAAAGAUUCCAUUAUACAGGUUUUGCUUUCUUGCCUGAGACUUAAAAGUGUCAUUUGCCAGACUAUCCUUUAAAAGAAGGAAAACUGAUAUCAGCAAUGCCAUUUUUAUUGAACUAAGCAUUUAAAAAAACCUGCAUGGAUUUACAAAGCUGAUUAAUAUUCUGAAAUUGGUUGGACACGAGGAUAAUUUUUAUCUACCAACACUCUUGUUUAUACGUACUGGAGGAGUAAAAUGAUACCGAAUGAAAUGGUCUGUGGAAAUAUGAAAAGCAAAAACCACCCAUCACCCAGAAAGAAAGUGGAAUACACUGAUCUACUACUGAUGUCUUCUUUCAGCUUUGGUCUAAAGAUGUAUUUUAUUAAAACUAUAAUUUAAAUGUACCAUGACAAAUAUGCAGUAAAACUUAGCUCUUUUCUAAACUAGAAUAGGCUUUUGUCUUACAAAUAUUGUACUUUCUAAUUAUUGUUUUAAAAUUCCAAUUGUGUGCUGCUUUUUUUUCUCAUUUGGAAAGUUUUUCAGCCAAGUCACAGAGACAGCCCAUAUGUUUUAUAGAGAAUAUGGCUUAAACAGUUAAUCCUUAAAACCCAAGUAUAGAAUAUGCCUUAGUUCUUUGUUGAAAGAAAAAGAACAGAAGCCUUUCACUCCCUCCCCACUCUAAAUAUUACCUUUAAUAAAUGUCAACUCUAUAAUUUCCUGACCCCCCUCAAUAGAAACAGCAAGGAAUUUGGAAAAAAUAUAUGUUAAUUGUUUGUUACAGAUCAGUGAAGAGUAAAUGAAGCACAUGUUACUUAAAAAUGUUAACCACUAUCUCCAGUUAAUUGAACAGAAAAAAAAGUGUUCUUUUAAUUGUGUCUAUAAAGGUAGAAAAUCCCCACAAAAUAGUUCACACACAGCAAAGAUUUGUCUCUUGGUUUCAAUGGGAGUCAAAUAGGAGAACUACGAAAAGGUAACAAACAACUACAUUAUGAGAUCUUCAGUUCUUAAACAAGGUUAUGAAGGAAUAGUGCCUAACUCAGUGGAGACCCAUAAUACCAGCAAUGCCUAACUACCCAUAAUUCACAUCUCUUGGUGCAAUAGUUUCUCUUUAAUGAGCAUGCCUCUAAAUUUCAACAGGACUUACUUUUGCAUAUAACAGAGUUUUUUGAAACAUGAAAACACUAAUUUCCUAAAACAGCUUUGAGAAAGGGCAUGCAGAAUCAAGAGUUUGUUUUCCAUAUUGUCUUACCAUUAUUCACUGGGAAUUGUUGUUUUUAGGGCUCAUUAAACCAUCAGCAGUAGAAAACUAUUUUUGUAUAGCAUUGCCUUUUCUGGGGGAUCUAUCCCUAGGCCUUUUACAAUUUUCAAAAAGGAGAAAAAUUGUUGAUUAAUGAAGUGAUAUCAGAGUUGUAACUACAGUAGUUUUGGGAUUCUAAUUAACUUGUCACUAAUUUCUCACUUCAGAAUACAUUGAAUUUAGAAAAUCCCAAUAAGCUGAAGUAUUUCACAGAUUGUAGUCAAGGUUUCAGUCUUCAUGAUGAAUUUGAAUAAUUAGUUUGGUGGCAUGUGUUUCAAUAAAAGCUAAAAAAAUAGUUUGAAUUCAAUUAGAAAUCUUCAUUGAUUAAUAUGAUGUUGGUGUGCCAUUUCACAAUCAAGAUAGAUUUCUUUAUAGAAAAUCUUGUAUGAAUUACAAACAAAAGAAAAAAGAGGGCUUCAGAAAAUAGGUCAUGCUAGCAUUUUUCAUAAAAUAUCUCAACUAUACUAGGAAGGUAGUAUUGAAUUUCAUUCUAAAUUUGGACAUCUUGAAGUUGAAAAGAACUUCUUUACUAUAACAGAAGUAUCCAAUGUCUUAUUAACCUUCAAAAUAAAGGAUGUGAAGGACUAAAGAUUGUGUAAUAACUCCAGGGAUGCCCUCCAAUUUUGGAGUGCAUUUUGAUUUCAUUAUGCUAUUAUUUGGAAGAAAGGAUACACUUUGAUAAAAUAUUGGCUGGCUUGACUCAGUAAACCAUUAGUUCUAGGUUUUCAGGUUUUCUACAUUUAUUAUAUCAGUAAAUAAUUCAUUUCAUAGUCAAAAUUUUCUGCCAAAGUGUAUUGAGAGAAGGCAGUCUGCAUACGCAAAAAUAACUCAAUUAAUUUUUGUUUCAAUAACCUUCCAUUUGCAUAUUCAUGGAUCAUUGGAAAUGAGAUUUGCUUUAAAAGCUCAUAGAAACUAUGAGGUUCAAAAGAAAUGUAAUAAAACUAUAUAGGGAGAGAUAAUGUGCAUCACUGCAGAACAAAGUUACACCUUCAUGACCUGAUUAAAGUCAAAGUUUAAAAAAAAGAAAAGUAAAAUGCAUGUGAAUGCACAUUUAAUGAUCAUUUUAUGUAUUAUUUAGUGGAUUUCAAUGGUAUGUGUUAAAUAGUUCAGUUUUUGCUACCUACACAUUAGCCAAAAGAGAUGUAAAUACUUUUGAAUAGAAAAGAGGGUACACUGUAAAGUACUGCUAUCUAUAGGUACUCCAUUUCAAUGUGUUCAACAUGCUUCUAAGAUGCAAGGUUUCACUAUGCAGGUGAUAAGGUGGUUUAUGUGCUUUUUAAGGGCAGAAGGUAUGUGCCCAUUCACUAAGCAUGUUCUUUGCCAGAUAGUAAAAUGUUCCGUCUCUGUAUUUAUCACUGCAUUUCAGAUGGGAACUAGAGAACUGGAGACAAAAUGUAAAUGAAACUGCUGCUGUAAAUUAUUUCUUUUAGCAUGUAUUCAGUUGUUAAAUACACAUUUCUUAAAAAUA